AAACAAUGCAAAUAUUUGUAAAGAACUUAACUGGCAAGACAAUUACCUUUGAAGUUGAUUCUACUGAUACUGUUGAAUAUCUAAAGAAAAAAAUUCAAAAUAAGGAAGGAAGAAUUCCCUUAAACCAACAACGUCUAAUAUUUUCUGGCAAACAACUAGAGGACUAUCGCGCGAUUUCUGACUACAAUAUACAAAAAGAAUCAACUCUUCAUCUUGUUUUACCUCUCUUAGGCGGCAUGCGACUACUAAUUAAUACUCCACUUACAGGUCGCAGCGCGAGUAGCCUUGAUGAGGUGACUCUAAAAUUAGAGAAGAGAAUGAUAUCAGAGAAUGUGAGAUCAACUGAUGAAAUAUGCUUGUCUAUCGUACGGAAGCUUGAAAAUGAUCAUAGUUAUCGUGAUGGUGUCUUGGAAUUAGCUGAUAAUUUGGAUCGCGUAUCGAUUGGUAGUUUGAUGGAACAUAAAAUAAUUAAUAAAUUAUUGGAUUCAUUUUCUAACAAUGACAAGAUAUCAAUAUUUUAUGACGAAAUUAUUAAGCCUUUCGUUGAACAUGAAGUUGAUUGGAAAAGCUCCUCAUUUGGAAAAUUAAUUCAACAACUAUUAAGAGAAUUAGAUGAUGCAAUUAAAUAUUAUCGUUAUCAUACACUUAAUUCGGAUCAACUAUUCAGUGUACUUUCUAGUCGCUUUAAUAUAAAGUUUAUUGCAAUGGACAAUUCCAGUCAUACAAUAAGAAGUAAUGUUGGGCCAUGUGAGCGAUUUAGAGAUGUUUCACGAAG